CUGUCUGGGAGUUGUAGUUCAGAUUCCUGCCUGAACUCCGUCCUCCAGCUGUGGCUGGGAGGUCUGAGGCUGACCGCUGCCUUCGGUGCUUGGCUCGGAGGAUGGAUCCGGGGUCCGGGACCGACGCGGCCCCGUUGGCUGGCUUGGCCUGGUCGUCGGCCACGGCGCCCCCGCCGCGGGGAUUCAGUGCGAUCUCCUGCACUGUGGAGGGGGCGCCCGCCAGCUUCGGCAAGACUUUCGGGCAGAAAUCCGGUCACUUCCUGUGCCUCAAUCCUUUGGGAAGCCUAGAGAAUCCACAGGAGAAUGUGGUGGUCGAUAUCCAGGUCCUGGUGGACAAGAGCCCCCUCCCGCCGGGAUUCUCCCCCGUCUGCGACCCCCUGGACUCCAAGGCCUCCGUGUCCAAGAAGAAACGCAUGUGUGUGAAGCUGGUGCCCUUGGGGGUCGCAGACACGGCUGUCUUUGACGUCCGGCUAAGUGGGAAGACCAAGACGGUGCCUGGAUACCUGCGAAUAGGGGACAUGGGGGGCUUUGCCAUCUGGUGCAAGAAGGCCAAGGCCCCGCGCCCAGUGCCCAAGCCCCGAGCUCUCAGCCGAGACAUGAGAGACCUCUCCUUGGAUCCGCCUGGUCAGCCCAGCAAGGGUGGCUUCCCAGAGCGGACGCUGUCGAGGCUGGGCUCUCGGGCAUCUACCCUGCGGAGGAGCAACUCCAUCUACGAGGCUUCCAACCUCUAUGGCAUCUCAGCCAUGGAUGGGGUUCCCUUCACGCUGCACCCCCGAUUCGAGGGCAAGAGCUGUGGUCCCCUGGCCUUCUCUGCUUUUGCUGAUCUGACCAUCAAGUCACUGGCGGACAUUGAGGAGGAGUACAACUAUGGCUUCGUGGUGGAGAAGACAGCGGCUGCCCGCCUGCCCCCUAGUGUCUCUUAGCCCCUCACCGGCCCCAGGGGAGAGCCCCCUGCCUGAUACCCACCCUCCGGACUGGCAGCUACCCACCCCAUUCCGUCUUGGGAGCCUUGGCGGUGCAAGGCGUUCCAGACCCUCGGCCACCCAGCGGAGCUGCAGCCCUGGAGGUGGGGCGGGAGCGGUCUGCUUGGUGAUGGGGUCUCCUGCCCCCCAGCGCCCUGAUGGGCAGGGCAGGAGUAGGGGCUGGAUGGAAACCAGUGCCUUCAAGUCAUUUGUGGCCAAACUCUCUGGUGCCUGGAGGCCACGCGGGCGCCCUCCUGGUAAUAAACACCACCCUGUCGGCGCUG